AUGACAUUUCCAGACUUACGAAUUCGCAAGUGGCCGUUUGGAGUAAUAGGUUUGGCAGACGAAAACGCUGGCGAGUAUUCGCUCGGUGGUCAAGCUGACACUCUGCCGGUUGAUCCAGGACUAUUUGUAGAUUCUUUGGGAACGAUUUCGCUUCCGCUUGUUGAGGAGCAAGUGAAGAAGCUGAUUGCAAAAUCUUCAACCGGAUCAAGUCGAGAUAAAAACCCUUUUUGGGAGAAAGGACUUGAUAAAUUGACUGAAAUCAGAGCGAGUCGCUUGGGGUACAAAGGAAUUCCACUGCAGUGCAAAUUGUACAAGGUGCUUGUCUAUGGAGAGGGUGGUCACUUUCGCAUACACCGGGAUACCGAGAAGGAGGACGGUAUGAUUGCGACGUUAGUCGUUCAGCCACCAAGCACACAUGAAGGAGGUGACUUAGUUAUUUAUCGAUAUGGAGAAGUAGAGCACCGCCAUGAUUUUGGUAAGGACGAUGGCACCGCGGCUCAUUUACCCCACUUUGCCGUGCAUUAUGCUGAUGCAGAGCAUUCUUUAAAGAAAGUUUCGAAGGGAUUCCGCUUGGCUAUGGUGUACUCGAUUUGUCUCCCGGCUGCGAUGCAUCACCUACGGAAAGACCCGACAUGGACCGUCCCGGACGCCCUUAGCGUUGCUAUCAGUCAAAUGGAAAACGAAUCAUUCGCAUUGUUCUUAUCCCACCAUUACACGAAGAAGAGCAUUUGA